GAGCCAAUAAUUCUCACCUUUUCUCUCCCACAAUCGCCAAAACCACCUCACUCAAUCUUCUCCGAUUAGGCAACUCCGGCGAUGUUGGCCCAUCGGCCCGCGCGGAUCGUUCCGGCCCCGAUCCCAAAAUCCGGUAAGCAGUUACUGGACCGCGACGCCAUGUUUAGCCCACUAGAACGCAACCCUCAGUCGCCGAAGGGCUGGAAGAAGAGAGAGGCCGAAGGCGUUGGGCUCGGCAUCGUGGCUGCGCUGGAGAAGGCCCGACCGUCGAAGAUCGUCGCCACUUCUCAGAAGUCAGCUCCGAUUGACGUCACGCCGCCGAGGAACGAGGAGGCUUCGGCCGCUGUCGGAGAAUUUCCGGUGACGGAGUUCCUCAGCUGCUGCAAUUUAUGCAGGAAGAGAUUGGACGGGAAAGAUAUUUACAUAUAUAGAGGGGAGAUGGCAUUUUGCAGUGUUGAGUGCAGGCAUCAGCAAAUUAUGAGCGAUGAGUGCACGGAGAAAUGUGUCUCCGGAGUUCUUAGACCGUCGGAAAUCUCUACCUCACCGUGUUCCGGCGGCCGCCGCCGCCGGAUUUUCUUCACCGGAAUCAUGGCGGCAUAAUCAUGUAUCUAAAUGGAGAGAGAGAGAGAGAGAGAGAGAGAGAGAGGAAGGUUUCUUCGGCAAAAGCAGAGCAAUGGCAAGAGGCCGCAUAGCUGUAUAAUUGCAAGAUGAGAUCGGUGUAGCCAAAUUUUUGUCAAUAUAAUUUUUUUUUUUUUAAAGCUUA